GUUGACAGAUUUGUUUGCUGCUCUGUUCUGGAUCUGCAAAUUUGAUUUGUGGUGCUAAGGAGAGAAGCUGAGCCUUGAGGCAAAAGGGCGCCCGAUCUUAUCUGUUCUAACAGGCAAGAGGGUAGCUGGUGGAGAACGAUCUGAAUUCUGUCCCCCAAACAAUCAGAAGUCACACCGUGUAAUCUAGGUGCAUUUCUUACAGACAGGAUCUGCAGAUAUCAAACUUUCAGUGGACGUAACAGUUGAGCAGUUGUACAUGCGAGGUAAAGUAUUAAGUGGCCCUUUCCGCUUAGUAUCUGCAACUAGGUUGAGCUGCCCCUUGCAACUGCUACUCCUGCACACUUCUCUCGGUAGAGAUGUCGGCUGCCGGGCCGCAGUAUGCGCCUCCUGACCCGACCCUGCCGGCCGGAUGGGUGGCACUCAUUGAUACAAGCACAGGGUAUAAAUACUACUGGAAUCAGAAAAGUAAUACGACUCAGUAUGAGAGGCCAAAGGAUGCGGUUGGCCCUCGGCCCGAGCCAAACGGGCAUGCAAACGGGGGCACUAAGCGGAGGUACGAUGAUGAAAAUGGUCAUGGUGGUGGCGCAAAACGUGCGAGGGUGGGCGCAAGCAGUGCCGACGACGUGGAGGCCUUCAAACGAGAACAUGAGAUCGUGGUUUUGGGAAGCAAUGUUCCCGCACCCUUCCUCACUUUUGAAGAAACUGGGUUCCCUUCUUCCUUCACCAACGAGUUCACCCGCGCUGGCUUCACCCAACCGUCCCCAAUCCAAGCCCAAUCCUGGCCGGUUGCCCUGGAGGGCCGUGACAUCAUCGCCGUCGCCAAGACCGGGUCCGGCAAGACGCUCGGCUUCCUUCUCCCUGGUUUUCUGCACAUCCAGGCGCAGAGGAAGGACCCACGGAGGGGACCCACGAUGCUUGUGCUUGCGCCCACGCGCGAGCUGGCCACACAGAUCCAGGAGCAGGCGGUCAAGUUUGGGCGCGCCUCGGGCCUCUCGAGCACGUGUGUGUAUGGUGGCGCCUCCAAAGGCCCCCAGCUGCGCGACAUCGAGCGCGGCGUGGACAUCGUGAUUGCAACCCCGGGCCGGCUGAACGACUUUUUGGAGAUGCGCAAGGUGUCGCUCAACCAGGUGUCGGUGCUCGUGCUGGAUGAGGCAGACCGCAUGCUGGACAUGGGCUUUGAGCCGCAGAUCAGGAAGAUUGUCGCCCAGAUUCCAAACUCCCGCCAGACCCUCUUCUUCACUGCCACGUGGCCCAAGGAGGUCCGUCGGAUUGCGGCCGAUCUGCUCUCCAACCCGGUCCAAGUAAACAUCGGGAAUAUGGACCAAUUGGCGGCGAACAAGGCCAUCACGCAGAUUGUCGAGAUUGUGACGUCAUACGACAAAGGCCAGAGGCUGGUCAGCAUCCUCCGGGAGCUGACGUCAUCGUCCAAGACGCUCGUGUUUUGCGGGACGAAGCGGAUGUGCGACCAGCUGACGCGGCAGAUCGACCGGCAGUUCAACGCAGCCGCAAUUCACGGAGACAAGUCGCAGCAGGAGCGCGACUAUGUGCUGAACCAGUUUCGCAGCGGUCGGUUAAACGUGCUCGUGGCCACGGACGUGGCGGCGCGGGGGCUGGACGUCAAGGACAUUGAAGUGGUUGUUAACUACGACUUCCCCCAGGGCGUCGAGGACUACGUGCACCGUAUUGGCCGAACGGGCCGCGCGGGAGCGACAGGAACCGCGUACACGUUCUUCACACAGCAGGACGGGAAGCACGCGCGCGAGCUGGUGAAGGUGCUCGAGGGAGCGGACCAGAAAGUGCCGCCGGAGCUCAAGGAUAUGGCGGGGAGCGGGCGGUUCGGACCGGGAGGCAGUGGCCGGUGGCGGAACCCAGAUGGGGGCGGCUUCGGUGGCGGGUCGCGCGGUUAUGGGGGCAGCUCUUAUGGAGGUGGGGGCAGCUCUUAUGGCGGCGGAGGGGGCGGUUAUGGUGGCUCAUCGAGGGACCGGUCUCCUAGGAGGAGUAGGAGUCCCCGGAGAAGCUACUACUGAGGGCGUUGUGAAGAAAAAGACAAGCUAUAAAACUAGAAUGUGCGGCAAUGCAUGCGUAUGUCAUCCUCUUUCUUUGUCCGACAAGGAGAUGGACUCUCAUCUUGUGAGAGUGCGGGGAAGAAUGAGGGGGGGCGGGUUUUGAAACAAUACUGGGUGUGGCCGCUAUAUGGCGUUUCUUGCAGCCAAGGCCACAUGAUUACCUCUCGGACCUUGUUUUAAAUCAGAGUGGGCCACGUUUCUUGUGGGCGACAUCUUGAUUGUCCCCAUUGCAUGUCCUGAAGCGUAGAGUAAGCAUUUGGUAUGUAGACGAGUCUUUAGAUCUGACCGUCGGACGUUCUCGCAUUAUGGCAUGAUGCAAGCUUGUGGCAUCAUGGUUAGCAUACUACUUUUGCUAUUGGAGGUAUCCAGAAUAGACUUCUCCAGCUCAAAAAAGGGACGAUUGUUUUCAGUAGAAGAUUCCAUAUAAGGCGUCACUAUAAGUCGUUGAAACUCGAUUCAACCCAUCAGUCCAAAAACCAG